AAACAUUCUGAAAAAGCGCAUCAAAAACCCUCUCUCGAAAUCUCAUCUGAUUUAGGGUUUUCGGCCACCAUUUUCACUGAGCUUCGCAGACAAACUAUGUGGAGGCCAUUAGCAAGAGGAGCUUUGCGAUACCGGCGUACGGCGCCGCCGCGGCAGCUGCUUCUUCCCGUCAAUCUUCAGGUACCCAACCAAAUACCAUCACUAAUUGUUGAAUCCGCAUCUCGAUUUUCGUUUUUCCCGACCGCGUAUCACUUCCACCAAAACCCUAGACUUUUCUCGUCGAGUUCAGCUGAGAGUCGUGACGAUCUUCCCUCCGAGCCACUGAUAUCGCGGGCUAAUGAAGCCACUGGUGGUUUCGAUUUCAGUGGGUUGAAUGAAUCUGGCGGAUUUGAGAAUGAAGAUUCUAUAUUUGACGGUGCUGCAGAUACACCCGAUUCAAAUCAGGGCUUUGGAGACUUAUUUGGCGGUUCUGUUGCUGCCGACGAAGUUAUAGAAUCUGGAGAGGGUGUUGGAUUGUUGAAGGAGAAUGACGCAGAGAAGGUGCAGAACUUGUUGUCUUUGCUGCAGGGUUCCGGCAUUGUUCAUGGCUCAAUCGAACCUUAUUUGGAAGCUAUGGAUUUGGCUUUGGACAACGAUCUUGUGACGAGGGUACUUCAGACACCCUGCACACAAGGGGAAAAUGUGAUCGGUUUCUUCAGAUGGGUUUUGAAGAAACGGGGGUUUGUCUUAACUUCGCAGGUGCUGAGUGAGCUUGUGCGUUUGAUAUGCACACAGAACAAGAGGAGAGAAGUGUAUGCAUUAUGGGAUUUGAUAAACGAGGUAGGGGAGAAGGAGAAGGGGGUGGUGAGUUCUGAGUGUUUGAAUGAAAUAAUAGCUGAGUUGUCCAAGUUGGGGAAAGGGAAGGCAGCACUUGAGGUGUUCAAUAAGUUUGAGGACUUUGGAUGUGCGUCUAAUGCUGAUACGUAUUAUUUCACUAUUGAGGCUCUUUGUAAGAGAUCGUUUUACAGUUGGGCUUGGUCUGUUUGUGAGAAGAUGUUAGCUGCGGAUAAGCUGCCUGAUGCUGCUAGGAUGGGAAAGAUCAUUUCCUACCUGUGCAAGGGAGGUAUGGCAAAAGAUGCACAUUUGGUGUAUCUGUAUGCAAAGGAUAAAAAGAUGAAUCUUCCACGGUCAUCUAUCAAUGCUGUGGUUAGCUCUCUUUGUCAAGUUGAAAAAACUAAUAAGGAGACUUAUGGAGAAAUCAACAAGGAGCUUGAUAGAGAGACUGUGUCCCUGGCCUUGGAGAUGUUGGAUGAGUUUUCAGCAGAGGAUCGAAAGCAUGCAAUUAAGCCCUUUUCAAGUGUCAUCAGGAAGUUGUGUUGGAUUGAGGAUGUUGACAGAGCAAAGAAGCUUCUACUUGAAAUGAUUGAAUCCGGUCCUCCUCCUGGAAAUGCUGUGUUCAAUUUUGUGAUCAACAGGCUUACUAAAAGUGAGAAAAUGGAGGAGGCUCUGAGCAUUGUGAAGACGAUGGAAAGCAGAGGCUUGAGACCCGAUGUAUACACCUACUGUGUGAUCAUGGGUGGCCUUGCAAGGGCCGGAAAGAUGGAUGAAGCCAUCAAGAUCUUCGAUGAAGCCAAGGAGAAGCACUCCAAACUGACCCCGGUUGCAUACCACACGCUCAUUCGCGGAUUCUGCAAGCUCGAGCAAUUUGACAAGGCUGUGAAUCUGUUAGGCGAAAUGAGGCAGCAUGGAGUGCAGCCUAAACACGAUGAGUACAAUAAACUGAUAAAGUCUCUUUGCUUCAAGGCACUAGACUGGGAAACUGCUGAAAAGUUGCAUGAGGACAUGAAUUCGAAUGGCAUAGCUCUCAACGGUAGAACAAAGGCGCUUAUUGCUGCUGUCAGGGAUUUGCAGGAAGCUGGUUCUGCAUAAUUUCCAUUGAAAUGCAAAUGUGCUGAAGUAAGGAGGUGCUCCAUCUCUCUCUUUAUCGGAUUUUGUUGUUACUUAUUGCCAAGAGAAGUUUAGGAGAAGUAAUUUAGUGGCCAAUGUAUUUUUUUGUUAGCAGUUGUGACCUUCAGUGAUUAAUCUGGUUUUGGUUAAUAAAUCUGUUGGAAUAUUUUGUUGAAAAUUUUAUUCACAUCAGUCAGCUAUGAGCUACUGACUUGAGUGAAAAAAGAUGAUAUUUACUUCUUCUUCCAUAAGAUA